AUGACAGACGAGAUACAAUGGUCGGAAGAAGAAGAAGACGUUCUCUACGAUUUCCUUGUUGAAAAGUGUCAAAACACGCGAAUUCGAUUCGAUAUCGAUCAGUUGUGCGAAGAGUUUAGAAGAGCCAAUGAAACGAAUAAAACUCCGGAAUCUGUGAGAACAAAAGUUCUUGAGUUCCGGGUGGAAAUGCUCAUGUCUGACGAAUACGAAACAGAGACAAAGAUCAAAAUGAUGUUCGGAUUGAAAGCGAGAAUUGGAAGAGAGCUGUUGGAAGAACUUCGUAAAGAUGCAAUUGUCAAAUUGAAUGGAAACAAACGAAUCGUCUUUUACCAGGAGAGAAUACGGGGAGGAUUGAAGUUGGAUGCCUAUGAGAACGAAAACGACCCGGCGACUAUUUUCAGAACGGACAAUCAGAUGCUUCGUCUGAUUGAAAAGUUAUCGAAUUCGAUGGAAAAGACUAUCUCUAUCCCCUCGUUUAUCACUAAAUAUCGAGAAUCAACGGGUUCAAAAGAGUCAUGUUUCUUCCUAACUGAAAGAUAUCGAAUCGUGAGAAGUCGAAUUUUCGAGUCUUCUGAAUUCGAUUUGGAAAAGAAAGUCAGAUUGAUGUACUUCACGAAUACGAGGAUUGAGGAGAAUGUGUUGGCUGAACUCCGAAAAGACGCCUUAGUGAUAUUGCACAAAACGGGAGGAUAUAUCAGAAGUUAUAUGGCUCUAGAUGAUAGUUUCAAAUUGAUGGAUAAGAAGAUUGACCACGAAUGGAGCGAAGAAGAAAAAGUGGAUUUGACCCAAUUCUGUCUUGAGAAAUGUCAGAAUAUGGAAUUUCCGUUCGAUUUGUACCAACUGGCUAAGGAAUUCAAAGAGCUGAAGGAAUCAGAUCGAUCUGUAUCAUACAUUAAGAGCAGAAUGGCUUCUCUGAAAAUCAACGAAUUAACGAAUUUGGAUGUGGAGACACGUGUCAAGAUGAUGUUCGCAUUGAAGAUCAAAAUUGGAGAUGAUCUUCUCCAGGAACUCUGUGAGAACGCUGAUGUCAAGUUGAAUUCAUACAGACACAUCGAGAGAUACACAUCACAUGAUGGGAGACUGAAGCUGCCAAACACAUGGACUGAGAAAGAAGAAAACGAGUUGUUGAAGUAUCUUGUGGAUAACUGUCAUCGUGUGAAAUUACGAUACGAUAUUUAUAAUUUCUGCGAGGAUUAUAAGCAAUCGAGUGGAACACAUCGGACAGUGAACUUUUUGAAUAAUAGAAUGGAACAGUUACGUCCAAAAAUCAACGAUUCAACAGAGUUGGAUUUAGAGACAAAAGCUCAAUUGUUGUUUGGAUUGGGAGCUAUGAUUAGGGAGGAUCUUCUCAUUGAAUUCCGAAAGAAUGCAGAAGUGGAAGUAGACGGUUAUAAAAAGAUCAAAACGUAUAGAUCGAAUGACGGAAAAUUGAAACUUCCCAGAGUGGACGAUGUGAUCCAGGAAUCAGAUGAAGAUGUUCAGAAUGAAGAUUCGAUUGGAAGAGUGACACGAAGAAGUGUCAAUCAGAAGAGAAUUGUUGUUAAGAAAGAAAUAAAAGUAGAAACUGGACAUAUUCCCAUGAGUGUCGAACCAGAUACGGAUCAGUUUCCGAUGAUCCAUGGGACAACUACUGCUCCAAUUUCCAUCGAAGAAGAAGUGUAUUAUUCUCAAAAUCCUGCAACAACUUCGAUUUCAAUGGAAUCAAAUAUUGUAUCGAAUGCAUCUGAAAAUAGGAGAGAAGGAGGCGCUCGUGAGACUGUUCUCAAAAGUUUCUCUCGUGACGUCAGUGAGCGAUCAUCUAGAAAUAAUUCUGAGGAGAAUUCAAUGACUGAUCAUACAUACGCUUCCCCAUAUCCAGAUCUUGCUUUCGAUCCGAUUCCGCCAGUUGAUGAUUUCAAUGAUUUCACACACUCUGCAUUGGAUGAUCAAUAUAUUCAAGGAGAUUCGAAUGACGAUGAUGAUGAGAAGAGACGCAGAAGAGAGUCAGGCGAUAAGAAAAUCGAAAAAAAUCUGGAAGAGAUACGAAUGAAAUCGGUGUUGCGUGGAACUGGAAGAGCGAUUGACGAUGAAAAGGAGUCUGACAAACAGAUGAAUGAGGAAACCAUUGGAAAUAGUGAUUCUAGUGAUGAAAAUCCAAUGGAGGAGGAGACACCAAAUAGUUCAAAUAGUAUUUCUGUGAUGGAGACACUACCAAUCAGAGAAUCGAUGAAGUCUGGAAAUUCGGUUGUCGAGUUAUGGCGACACUACCAAGUCCAAUGA